UAUACUCCUGUCCCAAAUCUCCACCGGCGCGUUCGAGUCCCGGUCGAUCGUCGGUUCCAGGGUCAGCGAUUCUUUCCCUCGAAGGAGACGGACCCCGUGACGCAGCAUCGUUUCAUCCUAAUCUUCAUCCCCGCUGGCACACGGUGGGUCGAGUCACGCGCUCGGUCAACGUUAACGACGCACGCCAAGUGCAUGACCGAAGCGCACAGCACGCGUCGUUCCCUCGCGCACCCUGCAGGGUCGGGGGGCGAACGACGCCGCGACGUUCACGUCGUCUGGUUCGCAGCGGUGGGGAACGACGGGCGAGGGCGUAGUUGGAUGGAGAGAGAUCGGCGCCGAGAGAGAAGGGUAGAGCAAAGCGACGGUGGGAUAGCAUGGUAGGGGUAAAGAGAGUGGGGAGUUCGCACGCCGACCGGAACGGCCCCACCAAGUUUUACCCAACGAUCCGGGAGGCUCGUCGAGGUAGUGGUCCGCGCCCCACAGCCGCGACAACUCGAAACGCGUGUCGUUGUCGCGCCUGCUGUACGUUCUCUGUCACUUUCGGCUCGUCUCUCGCGCUUCGUGCGGUAAUAGCUUCACGUUCGAACGUUGUCGCGAGAUAUCCGCGGCCGUACGUCAUCGUUCAGCGUGCCACGGUACCGUACGAGACUCCCGGUUGUUGGGGUGGCGAGAGUCCUCUCCUUUCCGGCGGAGAGAAGGGCGCGCGAUUCGGAUAGGAUAGCCGUUCGCUCGGCGUCCGCGAGGUGGUGGACAAUGAAAACAGGCCGCAACCAUUAGAGAGGGGGACUCCUCUCUCGACAGUGUCGUUUCGGAUUCCAAGUUUCGCGUCGAAGGUUAUCGGGGAGUCGUCGGUAUACCGGUGAGUGGUGAGCUCGUGAUCAGGGUUGGUUUUCGAGUAAUUCCCCGAACCCACCGAGCCGGUGAACGUCGAGUGUCGUGGUUCGUUUCUUCGAUUGGAAAUCCCUCGCCCAUUUUGGAGCGCCAGGAGGGGCCCGGAGACUGUGACAGGGGGGACAGGUGUCGAGGACUCUCCGGGGGUGGUGACCGUGCGUACCCGAUCGACAACGUCACCCGGGAAAGAGACGACUUCGUACGUUCGCACCUGGAUAGCACACGGGUUGCCGGCACUCAUGCUCUAGUAAAAGCGCGAACGUACUGAGAUCGGAGCGGACAACGAGCCAUCACGAUGUGGCGCCUACUCGUCAUCGCAGCCUUCCUGGUGGCCACGUCGUCAUGCGACAAGGUGGUGGUCCUGCCCCACGACGUCUACCCGGGCUACGAGGUGACGCAAUUCGACACGAAACAGACGUCGAACUUCCACCUGAUGGAGAACGGCUACUCCAAGUUCUUCACCGUCCUCGGCAACGGUCUGGUGAUGACCACGUUCGAUUUAUCGCCGCUGGUGGACCGACCCGUGAAGCUGAUCGUUCUCGAGGAACUGGCCAACGGGACCGAGACUCAUUUCCUUCAUCUCUACGUGAUUAAUCGCCAGAACAUGAUCAACUUCUCGCACGAUCACCUCGGCGAGGGCGAGGUGCCGGAGAACUCCGACCCGGGCACCUUGAUCGACGGUUUCCCGGUGCUGCGGGCUCAAGGAAGCUUCCCCAUACAUUUCGCGAUCCUGCCGGACGAAUCCGGGACGAGGUUGUUCGCUCUGAGAGAGGAAUACUCGAACAGAACUGGUUUCAACCUGACGCUGAGCAACCAGAAGUCGGGCGUCAGGGUGGUGACCGCGAAACCGUUGGACAGGGAGGUCAAGAAGGUUUACACCGUCUCUAUACACGCCUCCGAUGGGAACUUCCUCAGCACGUCGUGCGUGAACGGCGUGGUGCACGUGCUGGACGAGAACGACAACAGCCCCGUGUUCGAGACGGAGGAGUACACGUUCGAGAUCAGACCCGACAAUUUGGACGCCAUGCGGAAGAACUCCGUCCAGCUACCUUUCUGGAAACGAUUCUCGACGGUGGGCAAAGUUGCUGCCAAGGACGCCGACGGCGACAAGGUCGCGUACAAAUUGCUCGUGCCUAGCAGCCUGCUGGUCAUCGUGCCUCAGACGGGCGAGCUGAUGCUGGCUGGCGAACCGGAAACCACGAUGGACGAGGACUACGAGUGCGCGGUGAUCGUGGAGGCCCACGACGUGAGGAACCCGAGUCGAACGACGGAGAGACCGGCCAAGGUUGUCGUCAGGUUCCUGACGUCGUUGCCGCCGGAAACGGAGGUCCACCGGAUACAGAAGCGACGGGUGACGAGGGCCGUCAGGCCGACGAAGAAGGUCGACUUCACCGAGGCGGACGGCGACGUCGAAGGGAAAAUCGCGUUUUAUCUGGAGAAGGAGAACGAGAAGGAGAUGUAUAAGAUUAGGGACGAGAACAAGUGGGUCAUGGUUGGACUUAACGGGUCUGUCAUCGUCAAGCAGAAAUGGGAUUACGAGGAGCUCAGCUCGGAAAAGACCAUUGAUUUUUGGGUGACCAUCACCAACUCAGAACGGUGCACACGGUACCCGCCGUAUACCCGGUGUCCAUUUGACGACACGGACAAUCAGCGUGUCAUUAUCAACAUGAAGGACGUUAACGACGAGCCGCCGUACUUCAUAAAUCGACCAUUGCCGAUGGAAACGGUCGUGCAGCUGAACGCCCCACCGAAUACACACGUGUUUACCCUUCAGGCCAGGGAUCCUGACACCGACAACAAUAUUCACUACUUCAUCGUGCGAGAUCGAACUGGUGGUCGUUUCGAGGUAGACGAGCGAUCCGGAGUUGUACGCACCCGAGGGACCGAGCUGUUUCAGCUGGACAUGGAAUACGUUCUGUACGUGAAAGCGGAGGAUCAGAACGGUCGUAUAGAUGAGAGGCGUUUUCAGUCGACUCCUGAGGAGCGGCUAUCGAUCGUAGGUGGAAAACGCCCGCCGCAGUUCUACAUGAAGGCGUACGAGGCCGAGAUACCGGAAAACCAGAAGAAAGACUCCGACAUCAUAUCGGUGAAAGCAAAAUCGUUCGCCGAUCGCGAGAUACGUUACACCCUGAAGGCGCAAGGUCAAGACGCAGCUGGAACGUUCAAUAUCGGCCCGACUUCCGGCAUCGUGAAGCUCGCCAAAGAAUUGGACUUUGAGGACUUGCGUUAUCCCCACGUCUACUCCCUCAUGGUGACAGCCACGGAGGAUUCGGGUGGCUUCUCCACGUCCGUCGAGUUGACCAUUCGAGUCUCGGACGUGAACGACAACGCGCCCAAGUUCGAGCUGCCCGAUUACCAGGCCCACAAUGUCGACGAGGACAUCUCCUUGGGCACGAGUAUACUGAAAGUGAAAGCAACGGACGCGGAUUCCGGCAUGAACGCGGAAGUCGAGUACCUGGUGUCCGACGAUCACUUCAGCGUCGACUCGAGCGGGAUCAUCGUCAAUAAUAAGCAACUCGACGCGGACAACAACAACGCUUACUACGAAUUCAGCGUCACUGCCAAGGACAAAGGCGAGCCUCCAAAGACCGGAACAGCCACGGUGCGCAUAUACACGAAGAACAAGAACGACGAGGAGCCAAAGUUCUCCCAGCAGGUGUACACGCCAAACGUGGACGAAAACGCCGGGCCCAACACGUUGGUCACGACCGUGGUCGCUUCGGACAAGGACGGCGACAACGUUCGGUUCCAAUUCGUCGGCGGCAACACCACCUCGGGUCAGUUCGUGAUCGAAGAGAUUACAGGUGUGAUUCGACUCCACGGGAAGCCGAUCUCCUUGGACAGGGACAAGUACGAGCUGAACGUAACAGCUCUGGACGACGGUGCUUGCUGUCCGAACGGAAAGACCACCGCGCACACCAGCACAGCCGUGGUCGUGGUCUUCAUCACGGACGUAAACGACAACAAGCCGGUGUUCACGGAUUGCAGCAGCUACAACCCGAAAGUCGAGGAGGGAGCUCCGAAUGGCAGCACCGUCAUCAAGGUGCAGGCCACGGAUAAGGAUAAAGGCGUGAACGGUCAGGUGAAGUACUCGAUCGUCCAGCAACCCAAUCAGAAGGGAACCAAGUUCACCGUCGACGAGGAGACUGGCCAGGUUCUCACGAACAAGGUGUUCGAUCGCGAAGGGGAUGAUGGAAAAUUUGUGUCCGUUACCGUGAAAGCGACGGAUCAAGGUGAACCCUCGCUAGAAGGAGUUUGCUCUUUCACUGUUGAAAUCACUGACGUCAAUGACAACCCACCCCUAUUCGACCGUCAGCGAUACGUAGAAAACGUGAAACAAGACGCGAGUAUUGGAACAAACAUUUUAAGAGUGUCGGCAUCGGACGAAGAUGCCGACAAUAACGGUGCGAUAACCUAUUCGUUGACCUCGCCAAACAAUGACCAGAGCUUGGAGUACUUUGAGAUUCAACCAGAGUCUGGUUGGAUCGUCUUAAAGAAGCCUCUAGACCGCGAGAUGUACAAGCUGCAGGCGAUGGCCCAAGACAAGGGCUACCCGUCCUCGUCGCGAACGGUGGAGGUUCAGAUUGACGUUGUGGACCGUGCGAAUAAUCCGCCCGUAUGGGACCACAUAAUGUAUGGCCCGAUCUACUGUAAAGAGAACAUAGCCGUUGGGGCUAAAAUUGUGUCUGUUAAAGCCAGGUCUGUCACACUGUUAAUGCUCCGUGCGGCUCUGCACGAACCCGCCCUGCACGCAAUCUCGUGGCAAUAUUGUUCUUGUGCACGUUAAUUGAUAUUGUGUACGAUUCCAUAUACACGCAUCUACACCACUAACACACAUACACACACAGAGAUACACUCGCGCUCGCGUACAGCGAUCACGCGGGUGUAAAAUAUCGCGCGGAUCAUAAAUUAUAUCGAAUCGCAUCGAGUGUCGCUCGAACGUAGUACCGUCUUUGUAAUUCUCGAACGUCUCGACGCGUCUCUCGCGUAGGGAGCUACGAAGAACACCCCUGUUGCUUUUUCUUCAAUCUCCAAUCCGUUCGAUUCCGAAUUCCGAUGAACGAUAAACCCUUGCCGUAACUUUUCGGAGAAUUCCGAAUCGCAUCCAGGGGCGUUCCUCUCGAGCACUCCAGAAUAGUCGUAGAAGCUGUACCAACGCUUGACAGAGUAAAGCAGCGUGCUCAAUCGUAAUAUCCUGCUCGUUCGGGAGAUCGUCAUAGAACUUGACGUAUAGUAAUAUCGACUUGGUAUCCCGAUGCUGUUGCAUGCCUCCGUCGUGCUCGCGGAACCGACGCCGCGAGUCCUUCGAGGUUAUCGAGACAGUCCCGUUCCUUGUUUUCAAAGUUUCACGGUCGAACGAGACUCGAAGCGAUUCGUCGAUUCUCGAUCGGUACCUAAUUCGAACCGUCCAUCGCUGCACGCGACGUUCCAGCGGACACGCGCACAGAUGGACACGCAUACACGUCAGGUGGUGAGCACGAGUGUUCGUUUGAAGGAUACAAAAGAGAAGGAAGAAAAUAUGGGGGAGCAGAGCGUUUACGUCGCGUUCGUUCAUGCGGGAUGCGAGCAUCGCGCGCCUAACCGAUGCGUUUCCGUUCACUCGAGUGUCGAUGCGCGCCUAUUAUUACCGAGCCAAGUCAAGCGAACCUUCAAAGGCGCGUCUACUCGCGACGUCGUCUUUGUGCCUAAAGCAGGAGACGGAAACGGAGGGGACGGACGUGCGGGGGUGUCUUUGAAGGUUCGGUUGACUUGACGAGGAAGCCAGUGGCGCAAGAGUUGCCCUCGAGGGGGCUGCUAACUUCAAGGGUAAAAUUUACGUACGUGACUUGUACGCGCGUUUCUUGACGCUUGCACGAGCCUGUGU